AGACUCUUGACUCUUGUCUUCUUCACAAGCUCUUCACUCGGUUAACACAACACCACCAUGUCUUCUUCUUCGUCUUCUUCUUCUUCACUCUGGAGGAACAACAGCUUGACCCCCACUGGAGGCCGAGACCCCCCUCUGUCGGACCAGGGUGAGACCAUCAUUGGAGUCUACCUGCUGCUACUGGGUUGUUGUCAUGGAAACCGGUCAUCAGAAGUUUUGUAUCUAUUGUCAGGGUGGUUGUCCUGGUUCGGGAACAGCAUCGUUCUCUUCGUGUUGUACCGCCAGAGGGCCUCGCUGCAGCCUACUGAUUAUUUGACCUUUAACCUCGCCGUGUCCGACGCCAGCAUUUCUGUGUUCGGCUACUCUCGAGGCAUCAUAGAGAUCUUCAACAUCUUCCAGGACAGCGACUACCUGAUCUCAUCCAUCUGGACCUGUGAGGUGGACGGCUUCUUCACGCUGUUGUUUGGACUGGGCAGCAUCAACACGCUGACGGUGAUCAGCGUCACACGCUACGUAAAAGGAUGUCACCCCGGCAGAGCUCAUCACAUCCACAUGACCAGCGUGUCCGUAUCGUUGCUGGUGAUCUGGAUGGCGGCCGGCUUCUGGUCUGGAGCGCCACUUCUGGGCUGGGGAAGCUACACAGAUCGUGGCUACGGAACAUGUGAGAUCGACUGGACCAAAGCCCUCUACUCCACCGUGUACCGGGCCUACAUCAUCUGCAUCUUCAUCUUCUGCUUCUUCGUGCCCGUGCUCACCAUGCUCUUCUGCUACGUGUCCAUCAUCAACACGGUGAAGCGAGGGAACGCGCUGGCGUCUGAGGGCGACCUGACGGAUCGCCAGAGGAAGAUGGAGAGAGACGUCACCAUUGUGUCCAUCGUGAUCUGCACGGCCUUCAUCCUGGCGUGGUCUCCUUAUGCCGUGGUGUCCAUGUGGUCCGCCUUUGGAUUCCACGUGCCAAACCUGACCAGCAUCUUCACUCGGCUUUUCACCAAGUCAGCCAGCUUCUACAACCCGCUCAUCUACUUCGGCCUCAGCUCCAAGUUCCGCAAAGACGUGGGGGUCUUGCUGCCUUGCACCCGAGACGCCAAAGAAUCCGUUAAACUGAGACGCUUCAAGCCGAAGGCGGACGGCCAGGCGCGGGUCAAAGUUCCUCGCAGCGAGAAGAAGUACAACAUGGCUGACCCUGCGCCCGUCGGAAGUCCUCCCUGUGCGUCGGCGGCACCCGUCAACAGGGUCUUCUUCCUCGAGAGGCCGCAGCCGUCUGAGACCGGUUCUGAGUUUGAAUGUGCCAGACUGUGACCCAGAAGAACCCUCGGCGUCCUCCAUAGAUGGUCUGAAGGGAGUGCCUUAGAACUGCUGCAAUCUUUCACACGGCGAGCAGGGAGCGUGGCUAAAUGAUUGACAAUCUCUUUAGCUCCACCUCCUUCUGGCCCACCUUAGUGGUUUUGUUCUUGUAGACCGACCUGCAUCCCACCAAGCACUGCUUACACUUAUAUAGAAUUAAAGCAUUUUUAAUCACAGGUGCUUCUUCUUCU